AUGGACUUGGCGAAUUUCCUCAUCACUGCCAACAUCCGCUUGGUCCGAGCGGAGUUUCUGUGGAACUUGUGCAAAGCAAAGGGUAGCAUUCCAAGGAGACAGGAAGCAGAAGAUGAUUAUUUUGAGACUGCAGAGGGAAAGCAAAGUGCGUUGGUUCGGCAUGAGGAGGUGAAGAGCUGGGCAUCGGGGCAUCGUGAAGCUUUGAUUUGCUCAAUUUCCCACUGCUGGGAGGCGAGGGAGCAUUCAGAUCCCUGUGGCCACCAGCUGCAGAUCAUUUGCGACUGCACUCGUUUGUAUGCGGCAGCCUAUGAUGCUCCCGUGUGGUUGUUCUUUGAUCAGAUAUCGCUGUUCCAGUUUAAACGGAGCGAGGAGCAAGACAGGAGUUUCAGGCUUGCCAUGGGCCACAUGCACCUCUUGUAUUGCCACGAGCACACCCUGACUCUGGGGGUGCAAAGUAUUAGCUCUGAUGAAGUGUGGGAGCAGGGGGUCAAGGAAGGACGGGUUGUCAAGAUCUAUGAUGAAAAAACCGGUGAAGUCCGAUCAGUGCCCUUGACUGAGCUCACUAGGAAUCAGAAUCCAUAUCUAGAACGUGGUUGGUGCCAGGCUGAAUUUGAGUGGUCCAGCACCAGAGCGCAAAGCACCAGGAAUCAGAGAAUUGAUGUGAGUGGAGAGUCCCAAUUAUUGCAAGGCAAAGUCCCGAUGACCCCGGAGGUGUUCCGGAAGCAAGUUCAAAAGCUCAAAUUCACCCACUGGUCUGACCUUGACCCUGUGUAUCACCUCCAGGAGAAGGUGUUCAUGGAGAAGGUGACAAACUGCAAGCAUCUGAAGUUGGAGUUUUUGGAUGUUCAGGCUACUCAGACUUUAGUCGAGUCGUUGCCGUAUUACGCAUGUCUCGAAACAUGUGCGCUUUUGAAUUUUGAGUGCAGCAAUGACAUUUUGGAAGCGCUGUUGGCUUCCUUUCAACAUUUGCUGAGAAACAACACCCUCAGAGAGUUAAAACUCACUUUUCGCGGAGAUCAAGAGCAGCAGGUAGACAUGAUUUUGAUGGCAGUGGCAGACACUCUGCCCGAGAAUUUCAGCUUGACAUCUUUCCACAUCGAUGCCGGGACACCUGGCGAGGAAGCUGCAAAAACUUUUGCAGAAGCCAUGCGGAAGAACACUACUCUGAUGGAUGUGGAGCUCAUGGGGCCAUGGUGCAUGUAUCAGCUAGGAGAUCCUCCGCAACCUGUCCUGGAGGAUGCUGUCUGGGCGGUUAGAAAGUUCGAAAUGCGCAAUGCCGGACAGCAAGACCAUUCCGUGCAAUCGGGAGAAGAGACUGCGGUGAGGCGGCCCAUUUGGCCACCUGUGAAAGUGGUCUCGCUGGCGAAGCUCCUCCAACAGAACUCAGCAGUGACAAAUAUUGAUUUGUGGGACGGAGACAAGGAUGAUUAUAUUGGUCCUGCUAGAGAUCCAGAGCUGGGUGAUGCUGGAGCACAGGCUCUAGCAGAAGCCCUCAAAGAGAACAAGACAGUGAAACGAUUCAAUUUCUUUGACCAUAAGAUCGGGUAUGCUGGCGCGCAGGCUCUUGCAGGAGCCCUGAUGGAGAACAAGACGCUGAGAGAGAUCCAGUUGGGUUGUAAUCAGAUUGGUGAUGCUGGCGCACAGGCUUUUGCAGAAGCCCUCAAGGAGAACAAGAGCGUGACAGAAGUGUCUUUGGGUUCAAAUCAGAUUGGUGACGCCGGGGCAUGGGCUCUCGCACAAGCCAUCAAGGAGAACAAGACAGUGACGGAGAUCGAUUUGUCAUCCAGUCAGAUCGGUGAUGCCGGAGCACGAGCUCUUGCAGAAGCUCUCAAGGAGAAUAAAGCAGUGAGAAUGAUCAAGUUGAGUUCCAGUCGGAUCGGUGAGGUUGGGGCACAGGCUCUUGCACAAGCCCUCAAGGAGAACAAGACAGUGACGGAGAUCGAUUUGUCAUUCACUCAGAUCGGUGAUGCCGGAGCACGAGCUCUUGCAGAAGCCCUCAAAGAGAACAAGACAGUGAAACGAAUCGAUUUGUUUAAAAGUCAGAUCGGGUAUGCUGGAGCACAGGCUCUUGCAGGAGCCCUGAUGGAGAACAAGACGCUGAGAGAGAUCCAGUUGGGUUGUAAUCAGAUUGGUGAUGCUGGCACACAGGCUCUUGCAGAAGCUCUCAAGGAGAACAAGACAGUGACGAAGAUCGAUUUCUAUCAGAAUCAAAUCGGAGAUGCUGGAGCACAGGCACUUGCAGAAGCCCUCAAGGAGAACAAGACAGUGACGGGGAUCGAUUUGUCAUCCAGUCAGAUCGGUGAUGCCGGAGCACUAGCUCUUGCAGAAGCUCUCAAGGAGAAUAAAGCAGUGAGAAUGAUCAACAAGUUGAGUUCCAGUCGGAUCGGUAAGGUUGGGGCACAGGCUCUUGCACAAGCCCUCAAGGAGAACAAGACAGUGACGGACGAUGGACCUGUAGCACAUGCUCUCGCAGAAGCCCUCGAGGAGAACAAGCAGGUCACAAUUGUUCUCCCAGUGAUGCAAACUAGCAGCUAA